UAACACUGAGCCCAGAUACCUGUGCACACGACUGCAAACAACAGGGAGCUGAUGUGAAGGAGAAUCUAACCGUUUCCUUAUGAGGUUCACUGCGUGUCUCAGCCAUGACUUUGACUUAUACCUUGUUUCUGCUCGUCAGUCUUCAUACUUGUUCAUCUAUGGGAGGCAGAGCCCAGCGCAGACAGAGACAAGCUGAGGAGCGCUUGAGACCAUAUAUUGGCCGAGUAGAGCCAGAAAAACUCUGUGAAUUGCUGAAAUGUCGUAGUCCAGCAGGAUCUUGGUGCCAGGUAGUUGAGGAAAAUGGAGUCCUGGUUCCCAGAUGUGUUUGUCCUCAGUCCUGUCCAUGGCAGAGGGCACCAGUGUGCAGUGUUCUGGGGAAAACGUAUGCCAAUGAGUGUUUGCUGCAUAAAGAAGCCUGUAGAAAGAGGCGCCGCACUGGACUGGCUCACACGGGACCUUGCCUGGUCCCAAAGGCUAAAUGCACUGAGGAGGAACUAAGCCAGUUUCCAUAUCGUCUCUUGGACUGGUUCUUGCUCCUGAGUCGAAUGGGAGAGUCAUACACACCUGCUGCCCCGCCCCAGAGCUGCCUCAGCCACGCCCAGAGGAAACAUCUAGCACAGAAAAGAUUUACCCUGCUGGACAGAAACAAAGACGGCCAUUUGAGCCGCAGGGACCUGAGGAAGCUGAACUACAAGAGGAUGCCACUGGAGCACUGUGCUGCACCAUUCUUUCUGUCAUGUGACCACAACCAGAACAGAAAGGUGGCCCUGCGCGAGUGGACGACCUGUCUGGUGGACCUCUCCGAGGCCUGGUUCUACCGUUUCAUGUCAGUGAGAAUGGGAUCCCAUGAGCUGUGUCCAACAGUCAAAGAGAACAACUUUUGAAAAUGACGUCAAACCCAAGCAUCUCUGAAGACAACGCAAUCUCAGUUUCCUGAUUUCAAGGCCACAGUAGAGUGUGGCAGUGGCUUCACACUGGUCACUCUCUCCACAUUGCAAUUUGUCUCAUAGUGAUUUACGAAGUCAUCAAAUCUCUCUCUCUGUCCGUGCGCUUGAAAAGGGACAAAUAAAUGUCUAGACAGACUGACCACCAGCACUGUUAAUUACAUCAGCUGACAUUUGUGUUGUUAAAUGGGGGGGAGACAAUAGGCAGUCCCAAUUUACAAGGCAUGCUAUGAAUAAGCCGUAAAAGGGGAGAAUUACAGUGCAGCCAGGCGUGAUGUAUGGAGAAUAACAAACCAGAGGGAAAUAAUGAUAAGGGGAAAAGAAGAGCUUAGAAUGAGAGAGGACGUGACUGGGGAAGAGAC